UGUUGAAGCAAAGCAAAAUGAAGAUCUCCAGUGGUACGACGCCGUUUGGAGGUCGUGUGCUGGUGGUGGUGGUGGCCGUUAGUGUGUUGGUUUGGUCGUCGUUUUGUUCGGCAGCGUUUAAUGUGUCAUACGAUAAACGCUCUCUCAUCAUCAAUGGCGAGAGGAAGCUCCUCAUAUCUGCUUCCAUUCACUACCCCCGCAGUGUCCCCGAGAUGUGGCCAGGGCUCAUCAAAACUGCAAAGGAAGCAGGGAUUAAUACGAUAGAAUCAUAUGUGUUUUGGAAUGGUCAUGAACCUUAUCCUGGCUACUAUUAUUUCGGAGAAAGAUAUGAUCUGGUCAAGUUCGUGAAGUAUGUCCAGGAUGCUGGAAUGUAUAUGAUUCUUCGAAUUGGGCCAUUCGUUGCAGCAGAGUGGAAUUUUGGAGGAGUUCCUGUUUGGCUGCAUUAUGUACCUGGCACUGUAUUUCGAACUAAUGAUACACCCUAUGAGUUUCACAUGAAAAGGUUCACAACAUUAAUUGUGAACAUGAUGAAGAAGGAGAAGCUUUUUGCAUCACAAGGAGGCCCCAUUGUCUUGUCCCAGGUGGAGAAUGAAUAUGGAGGUUAUGAACCUGCAUAUGGACAAGGUGGGAAAAGAUAUGCUCAGUGGGCUGCUAGCAUGGCUGUUAAUACAAGUACUGGAGUGCCUUGGAUUAUGUGCAACCAAUAUGAUACUCCUAUUGAUAUUAUUACUACUUGCAACUCCUUCUACUGUGAUAAUUUUAAUAAUUUAUUUCCAGUGGCUCAACCCAAAAUUUGGACUGAAAAUUGGCCUGGAUGGUUCAAAGGUUUUGGGGGGCCAGAACCCCACAGGCCGCCUGAAGAUAUUGCCUUCUCUGUUGCUCGUUUUUUCCAAAAAAAUGGUAGCGUACAGAAUUACUACAUGUUUCAUGGUGGAACGAACUUUGACCGCACUUCUGGUGGACCAUUCAUGGCUACAAGUUAUGACUAUCAAGCUCCAAUUGAUGAAUAUGGGAUACCCAGGCUUCCAAAAUGGGGACACCUUAAGGAUCUUCAUGAAACUAUAAGAUUAUGUGAACCUAUCUUACUCUAUGGUGAGCCAGUUAAUAUACAACUUGGUCCUAAUGCAGAGGCUGAUGUGUUCACUGAUGAUUCUGGAGGAUGUUGUGCAUUUCUCUCCAACGUGGACAACAAAACUGACACGACAGUCACAUUUCGACAAUUAUCUUAUCACCUUCCAGCAUGGUCAGUUAGUAUCCUGCCUGAUUGCAGGACUGUAAUUUUUAAUACGGCAAAGAUUACAGCUCAAUCUUCUGUAGUUGAAAUGUUACCUCAGAAUUUACAGCCAUCAGACAAAAACUCUAAAGCUCUUCAAUGGGAGGUAUUUGUUGAGAAAGCAGGGAUGUGGGGAGUGCCGGAUUUAAUUAAAUUUGGCUUUAAGGAUCAGUUAAAUACUACGAAAGAUACCUCUGAUUACUUAUGGUAUACAACAAGUAUAUUUGUCAAUGAAGAUGAAAGGUUCUUAAGGAACAGAAUUCAGCCUGUUCUUUUUGUUGAAUCAAAGGGUCAUGCUGGACAUAUUUUUGUGAAUGGUGAACUUCAAGGUAGUCCGGUUGGAUCUGGCUUUCCUGCAGCAUACAACUUUAGCAAACCUAUUGAUCUCAAGGCUGGAAGGAAUGACAUUGCUCUACUAAGCAUGACAGUUGGUUUGCAGUCGGCAGGAAAUUAUUAUGAAUGGGUCGGUGCAGGAAUAACAGGUGUGAGCAUUCAGGGUUUCAACAAUGGGACAGUAAACUUGAGUGAUUAUACUUGGACCUAUAAGAUUGGAUUGGAAGGAGAGAACCUAGGUAUAUACAGGCUAGAUGGUUUGUAUAAUGUAAAUUGGUUUUUGCCCCCAGAAGUGCCAAAGAAUCAGCCUUUGACAUGGUACAAGGCUAUCAUGGACGCUCCACCAGGGGAUGAUCCUGUUGGAAUGGAUAUGCUUCAUAUGGGAAAGGGUAGAGCUUGGUUGAAUGGUCAAGGAAUUGGAAGAUACUGGCCUAUUGCGAGCUCUCUAUACGGAUGUGUAAAAGAAUGCGAUUAUAGAGGCACAUUCUUCCCCAACAAAUGUCCGAUGAAUUGUGGAGAACCAACGCAAAGAUGGUACCAUAUACCACGGUCCUGGUUCAAGCCAACAGGAAAUGUUUUGGUGAUCUUUGAAGAGAAGGGUGGAGAUCCAUCAAAAAUUAAUUUUGGAGUAAGGAAAACCACAGCUUUAUGUGCAACAGUUUCAGAGGACUAUCCCUCUAACAUACAAAAUUAUUUGAGAAAAGAUGCAAGUGUUAGUCACAAAAAUUCUACAACUGUCCGUUUGAAGUGCCCUGAGAAUGCCCUUAUCUCAGGCAUAAAAUUUGCAAGCUUUGGAAAUCCUACAGGAACUUGUGGAGCCUACUACAAGGGUGACUGCCAUGAUCCUAGUUCCAUUUCUGUUGUUGAAAAGGUCUGCCUAAACAAAAAUGACUGUGCUGUAGAAUUGACAGAAAAGCAUUUUACAAUGAGUUUGUGCCCGAAUAUUACCAAGAAACUCUCGGUCGAAGCAGUGUGCAACUGAAACUACCGAUUAGAUUAGACGUGUUUAGAUAGGUUUUUUAUUUUCUUUUUUCUUUAUUUAUUUUUUUUUAAUUUUUUUUUUUUAAAGUAGAAUAACAGGUCCCCAUUUUCCUGAUAAUUGUAAAUGUUGCAGGAAGGAUUUUCUGUUUUUUUUUUUAUUUGAGUGAUGUUAUAAUAAAAUUCAUUUCUAUGAUGAAAAAGCUGCAAAUCAAGUACCUCUGCAUUCAUUUUUAAGAUUCAGCAUGGACAUUUUAGUAAAACAUCAA